UUUUUUCCGAAUCGAAUUUUUGAUGAGAAAAAGAUAAAGGAAAAGAACGGAAAAGCGUAGCAAACAUGUCGGAGGCAGCAAAGGACCCAGCGAUCAAUCUUUUCGGGAAGACGAUUUCGGUGCUGAGCUCCGGCAGCGACUCGGUCAGAGUUACCGGAGCUCCGGAACCCGAUCCGUCGUCCGGGACUGUGGCGGAAGAGACUGUCGAUCAGGACCGCGCCGCCUCCUCCUCCUCCAACUCUUCGCCCGAAGUCAAUGCCCACAGAGACCGGGAAGAGAAAGAGGUCAAUGACAACAAGGUGAAGGAGGCUAUUGUGUCAAAAAGAAAGAGGGGUUUCAUAUCUUAUGUAGAGGACACAUUGGGGGAAAAACCAAUUCAAACGAAACGGGAAAAUGGAAUCCCAACAUUAUCUUCGGAAGAGUUAACAAAUCCAGAUGCGGCAUCCAGAAUAGGUGUAAACCGUGAAUCACCUAUUGAGAAGGAGAAUGCCACACUAAAGACUGAGAGGACUGAAGAGGAACAGAGUGAGACAAGUAAUUCGCAGGAUAAGACCCUGAAGAAACCAGAUAAAAUACUUCCAUGCCCCCGCUGUAAUAGUAUGGACACCAAGUUUUGUUACUACAACAAUUACAAUGUCAACCAACCCCGGCACUUCUGCAAGAACUGCCAGAGAUACUGGACAGCUGGUGGGACAAUGAGGAAUGUGCCUGUGGGUGCUGGUCGUCGGAAGAAUAAGAAUUCUGCUUCUCACUAUCGUCACAUAACUGUCUCUGAAGCUGUGCCGAAUGCUCAAGCUAAUGUUCUCAAUGGAGUUCACCACCCUUCAGUACAACCAAAUGGUACUGUCCUAACAUUUGGCAGGGAUACGCCCCUCUGCGAAUCAAUGGCUUCUGUCCUUCAUAUGGCCGAUAAAAAUAUACAGAACUGUACGCGUAAUGGAUUUCAGAAACCUGAAGGAUUGAGGACUCCAGCUUCUUAUGGAGGUGGAGUAAUUGGAGAUGAUCAUUUGACUGGAUCAACAGUGACAGAUUCAAAUUCAAAGGACGAGGCGUGCAAAUUUGGAUCACAAGAGCAAGUAAUGCAUAAUUUUCAGGGCUUCCCACCUCAAAUACCAUGCUUUCCCGGGGCUCCUUGGCCUUACCCUUGGAACUCUCCUGUUGCACCACCUGCUUUCUGCCCUCCAGGUUAUCCUAUGUCCUUCUACCCUGCUGCAGCUUAUUGGGCUUGUGCUGUGCAAGGUGCUUGGAAUAUCCCUUGGCUUCCUCCUCCAUUGUCUUCAAACAACAGUGCUUCAAGUUCUGGUCCCAACUCUCCCACCUUGGGGAAACAUUCGAGAGAAGAGAACACUGUGAAACAAAAUAGCUCUGAGGAAGAAGUGCCACCAAGAGAAAAGAGUGCUGAGAGAAAUCUUUGGAUUCCAAAAACUUUGAGGAUUGAUGACCCGGGUGAAGCUGCAAAAAGCUCUAUAUGGGCAACAUUGGGGAUUAAGCAUGAUAAGGCUGAUUCAGUUAGCAGCGGGGGACUCUUCAAGGCCUUCCAGUCAAAGGGUGAUCAAAAGAAUCACCUCUCUGAUGCCUCUCAGGUCUUACAUGCCAAUCCAGCGGCAUUGUCUAGAUCACUCAAUUUCCAGGAGACCUCAUAAAAUCGGUAGCUUAUUAUACACUUCUUGUUUGUUCCAACUGGUGCCAACAGUUCAGCAAUGUUCAACUGCUCCACACAAUAUGACACCGCCUUUCUACACCCAGCAGUCCUGUUGAUUAACCAUCGUCGGCCACAAAACCAAAACAUCAAAGCCGUCAAUGGAGGAAACGACAGGAGGAUUCUGCGGCCUUUUCUCUUAAUUAGGAGCUGGGAGCCAUCUUACCUUAGCUGAAAUAGCCACUAAUUUUCCCCCUGUGAGUGCUACUAUGAAUAUUUGCAACGUACGUAUUUUGAGUUAGAUGGUUUGCUGAGUUCUUGAAUAUAUAAUUACAUGUAAAAUUGAGAACUAGAAGAGUUCAGGUUUGUGUAGCAUAAUCCCAAUAUGUAAUGAAAUAACAUGGGGAUUUAAAUGAAAAAACUUUCUUUUCAUUUGUGGUUUUAA